GCGCGGGCCGGGUGGACCGGCCCCGGGAACAGCCCGAGCCCGCGGGGGGGAGGGGGGGAAAACGAGAGCCACAAAGGGGGUGAGCACGUGCCGCCGCGCGCCAGCGGGGCCGAGGACCUACGAAAACGGACCCCUUCACCCACCCGCCCACCGCCCUGGGAGCGCCCGGGGUACCCCGAGCACCCAGCACCAGCUCGAAGGCAGACCCAGCCGCUAAGCUUCAACGUUCUCGCCCUGACUUUCCUCCAACUUCUCUGUAAGGAGGAACCUGCCGCCCCGCCCGCCGCGAUCCGCACUUGAACUCCGCGGAGCCGGCCAUCCACCUUGCGCCACCCCGAGCGCCGGCUAGGAGCGGCUGUCGGGAAGCCCCGAUGACCUCUCCAGAAAGAGCGUGAAGAAGGCUUCGGCCGCCGCGCUCGGCCCCAGGCGCCAGGGCGGCGCCACCGGGGAACUCGGAGCAGCAGAGCCGGGGAAGGUGGUGGAGCAUGACCGCGCGGCCCCUGGGGACCUCAGCGCAGUGAUGCCGACAUGUAAGUCCCCCCUUUCAGCCCAGGAUUCCUUCACACCUUUACCUGUGCCUCCCCCCGCCCCACCCCAAGGGCUUUGUAAGGACUUCAACCGCAUUGACGGAAUAAACCGGUUUGUCUUCACUUGGCCCCUCGAGGCACUGAGGGGCGAGCUGCUGCUGCCGGACGGAGCUGUGACAUGUGUGUGCCGCUGGCUUUUUUCCAGCGAGAGGUAAACCUCACGUUUGGGCGGCGUAAAGCAUAAUAAAAAAGGCAGGGCUUCAAGAAUGGGGAAAAGGUUUUGGAUUCAAAUGAAACAAGGAGUCACCGGCGCGGCUGCUCCGUCCAGGGGCCUCGCCCUGCCAAGAAGCCGCUCUCCUGGAUCAGCAAGCACCUGGGAGCUUGGAAGGAUGUUUCACUCAGGCCGAAUGUGGAGCUGUCAUUCGAAAUGGAAGCCAAGUUCUCUUUUGUUCUUAUUUGCUUUAUAUAUUGUGUAUAUUCCUCCCUCAGCGUGGGGAUGUGCCAACUGCAGGGUUGUCCUCUCCAACCCUUCUGGGACCUUUACUUCUCCGUGCUACCCUAACGACUACCCCAACAGCCAGGCUUGCAUGUGGACCCUCCGAGCCCCCGCGGGCUAUAUCAUUCAGAUAACGUUUAAUGACUUCGACAUUGAAGAAGCUCCCAAUUGCAUUUAUGACUCAUUAUCCCUUGAUAAUGGAGAGAGCCAGACUAAAUUUUGUGGAGCAACUGCCAAAGGCCUAUCAUUUAACUCAAGUGCGAAUGAGAUGCAUGUGUCCUUUUCAAGUGACUUUAGCAUCCAGAAGAAAGGUUUCAAUGCCAGCUACAUCAGAGUUGCCGUGUCCUUGAGGAAUCAAAAGGUCAUUUUACCCCAGAUGCUAGAUACUUACCAGGUAUCUCUUGCAAAAAGUGUCUCUAUUCCAGAGCUCAGAGCUUUCACACUCUGCUUUGAAGCAACCAAAAUUGGCAAGGAAGACAACGAAUGGACAGCUUUCUCCUACUCAGAUGCAUCCUUCACACAACUGCUCAGUUUCGGAAAGACCAAGAAUGGCUACUUUCUAUCUAUUUCUGGCUCAAAAUGCUUACUAAACAGUGCGUUACCUGUAAAAGAUAAGGAAGACAUUUUCACAGAAAGCUUUGAGCAGCUCUGCAUCGUUUGGAAUAAUUCUUUGGGAUACGUUGGUGUAAAUUUCAAAAGAAACUAUGGAGCAGUUUCAUGCGAUUCUACCAUUAGUAAAGUUAUUCCUGGGAAUGGGAAAUUGUUGCUGGGCUCCAAUCAAAAUGAAAUUGCCUCUCUAAAAGGGGACAUUUAUAACUUUCGACUUUGGAAUUUUGCCAUGAAUUCCAAAAUCCUCUUCAACCUCAGCUGCAAUGUGAAAGGGAAUGUGGUAGACUGGCAAAAUGACUUUUGGAAUAUCCCAACCCUAGCUCUGAAAGCUGAAAGCAACCUCAGCUGUGGUUCCUACCUGAUCCCGCUCCCGGCAGCAGAACUAGCCAACUGUGCAGAUCUGGGGACCCUUUGCCAAGCUACUGUAAACUCUCCUAGUACUACACCACCCACUGUCACCACUAACAUGCCUGUUACUAAUAGAACCGAUAAACAAAGGAAUGAUGGAAUUAUUUAUAGAAUUUUCAUAGAGAUUCAAAACAUCCUUCGUCACCCCGAGGUAAAAGUACAGAGCAAGGUGGCCGAAUGGCUCAAUUCAACCUUCCAGAAUUGGAACUAUACUGUUUAUGUGGUUAAUAUCAGUUUUCACCUGAGCACGGGAGAGGACAAGAUUAAAGUGAGGAGAAGCAUUGUGAAUGAUCAAAGGUUGGCGAUUUGGGCCCUUCUAGUUUACAAUGCUACCAACAAUCCCGAUUUAGAAGGAAGAACCAUUCAGCAGAAGCUCUUAAGAAAUAAUGAGUCCCUGGAUGAGGGCUUGAGGCUACAUAGAGUGAAUGUGAAGCGACUGGGUAUAUGUCAUGAUGAUGAGGACCCCAAAGGCUAUAAAUGGCCGGCCAUCCAACCUUCUGUAUACAAUGCUCCCUGUCCAGGGAAGCCGGGCUUCUAUGCUUCACGGACAUGUCAUCAUGACCCUGCCAACACAUCUCUAGCCUACUGGGGGCCUCCUGAUAUCUCCAAUUGCUCAAGUGAAGCAAAUGAAGUUGCCAAUCAGAUUUUAAAUUUAACUGGUGAUGGGCAGACGUUAAACUCAGCCAAUAUCACCAGCAUCGUAGAACAGGUCAAAAGGAUUGUAAAUAAAGAAGAAAACAUUGAUAUAACGCUUGGCUCAACUUUAAUGAAUAUAUUUUCUAAUAUCUUAACCAGUCCAGACAGAGACUUGCUUGAGUCUUCUUCUGAAGCUUUAAAAACAAUUGAUGAAUUGGCCUUCAAGAUAGACCUACAUAGCACAUCACAUGUGAAUAUCACAACUCGGAAUUUGGCUCUUGGAGUAUCAUCUGUGUCCCCAGAGACCAGUGAAAUUUCAAAUUUUAGCAUUGGUCUUCCAAGCAAUAAUGAAUCAUAUUUCCAGAUGGAUUUUGGGAGUGGACAAAUGGAUCCAUUGGCUUCUGUAAUUUUGCCUCCAAACUUACUUGAGAACCUGAGUGAAGAAGAUUCUGUAUUAGUUAAAAGGGCACAGUUUACUUUCUUCAAUAAAACUGGACUUUUCCAGGAUGUAGGAACCAAGAAAGGCACCUUAGUGAGUUAUGUGAUGGCAUGCAGUAUUGGAAACAUUACGAUCCAGGAUCUGAAGGAUCCUGUUCGAAUUAAAAUCAAACAUACAAGGACUCAGGCAGUGCCUCAUCCCAUCUGUGCCUUCUGGGAUCUGAACAAAAAUGGUAUAGAACCUGUUACCUGCUCCUCAGCCAAACCUGGAACUGAGCCCCAUCUCAUGAUUUCACACACAUACACUCCUACAGAUAUGGAGGUCUUUGUGUCAGUAGCAGAUUUUAUUGACAUUUUGGACCUUCAAGGAACUGCCUCACAGUUGGAUGGAAAAAACACUAAAGUUCUCACCUUCAUUACCAAUAUUGGGUGUGGAAUAUCUGCUAUUUUUUCAGCAGCUACCCUCCUGACAUAUGUUGCUUUUGAAAAAUUACGAAGGGAUUAUCCCUCCAAAAUCUUGAUGAACCUGAGUACAGCCCUGCUGUUCCUGAAUCUCCUCUUCCUCCUGGACGGCUGGAUCACCUCGUUUCAUGUGGAUGGACUUUGCACGGCCAUUGCAGCCCUGCUGCAUUUCUUCCUUCUAGCUACCUUUACCUGGAUGGGGCUAGAAGCGAUUCAUAUGUACAUUGCCCUGGUUAAAGUAUUUAACACUUACAUUCGCCGAUACAUACUGAAAUUCUGCAUCAUUGGCUGGGGUCUGCCUGCCUUAGUUGUGUCCAUUGUUCUAGCAAGCAGAAACCAAAAUGAAGUUUAUGGAAAAGAGAGUUAUGGAAAAGAACAAGGUGAUGAAUUCUGUUGGAUUAAAGAUCCUGUCGUAUUUUAUGUGACCUGUGCCGGGUAUUUUGGACUCAUGUUUUUCCUGAAUGUCGCCAUGUUCAUUGUGGUGAUGGUGCAGAUCUGCGGGAGGAAUGGCAAGAGGAGCAGCCGGACGCUACGCGAAGAAGUUCUAAGGAACCUGCGCAGUGUGGUCAGCCUGACGUUUCUACUGGGCAUGACAUGGGGGUUUGCUUUCUUUGCCUGGGGACCUUUGAAUGUCCCUUUCAUGUACCUUUUCUCCAUCUUCAAUUCUUUACAAGGCUUAUUUAUAUUUAUCUUCCACUGUGCUAUGAAGGAGAAUGUUCAGAAGCAGUGGAGACGGCAUCUCUGCUGUGGUCGAUUUCGAUUAGCAGACAACUCAGACUGGAGUAAGACAGCUACCAAUAUCAUCAAGAAAAGUUCUGAUAAUCUAGGAAAAUCUUUGUCCUCAAGCUCCAUUGGCUCUAACUCAACCUACCUUACGUCCAAGUCUAAAUACAGCUCUACCACCUACUUCAAAAGGAAUAGCCACACCGACAAUGCUACCAUGGACAAGUCCUCAUCAAAACUGACCCAUGCUGAUGGAGAACAAACAUCAAUCAUCCCUGUCCAUCAGGUCAUUGAUAAGGUCAAGGGUUAUUGCAAUGCUCAUUCAGAUAAUUUCUAUAAAAAUAUUAUCAUGUCAGACACCUUCAGCCACAGCACAAAGUUUUAAUAUCUUUAAUAUAAGAAAGAGACAUCAGUCUGCAGCAACGUGAAGAUGUGCAAGCUGUGAAAACUCUGACUAGCAGAUGUAAACGUGGUAUUACCUAGGUAACUGCAUAUAUAUGAAGAAUGUGUUUUGUGAGGAAGGCUUUUGUGAAAUUCAAAAUCUGUCUUUUCAGUGUAUUUCUUCCAUGGGGGAGUUUCCACCAUCACUAAACUUCAGUACUAAGAGCAGCAUGACUCAGUAGCCACAGGGGAUAGGAUUUUUUAAAUAUAUGAUUGAAUGGAUCAAUCAGAACUUGGGCUGUGGGGUGGAAUAUUAAAAUUAGAGGGCAAGGGACAGACCGAGCUUGGACCAAGCCCUAGUUUAGAGCUCAUUCACACCCCACAUAAUAAUUAGAUUUGGAUAUGGCCAUUUGCUCCAUCGUCUUUCUCUGCAAUCAAAAGCAUACUAAUAUUUAUAACUAUCUUGGAUGCCCACAAGUCCCAUCUCAGUGCUAGUUUCUAUGAAUG